AUCUGUAAUACUUCCACAUGUAUUUAUAGCUACACAUAAUACUGUCAACAUGGUAUAUCCAGUCUUGGUUUUGCUUUUUUGUUCUAUUUCGGACGUCAGUUGUCUUCUGAAUAGCGCGGAUCCCACGGUACUCACGACAGCCUCCUCUUCAAACACCCUCGAUUCCCAGUUCACGCAUCAACUUCUUCUUCAAGAACAACAACUCCGGAUAGAACUGCAGAAACAGAUAACAAACAUCCAGUCUCAGAUACAAGACCUGAGGACUAAUGUUGUUACUUGUGAGAACAAUUACCGAAAUCUACAGACAAAAUUUUCCGACAUGAAUGCCAAUCUGUCGACAAUUGCAAACAGACAGGAAGUAGCUUUCUUUGUGAGGCUUCGUAACAGAAUAACCAAUCACCACCAAUCUACCAUUAUCGUCUUUGAUGACGUCCAACUGAACAAAGGAAAUGCUUAUGACGCAAAUAUAGGGACAUUCACUGCCCCUGUCAAUGGCAUUUACAAAUUUGACCUGGUGCUCUCAAGUGACGUAGAAAACGGUCACGGAGAAAUGAUGCAUAAUGGCGUCAACAUACUUGAUGUGUACGCAGAUAAACACACCCAGAGUUGGUUUGGUCGAGGAAGUGGUGCAAUCAUAGUGCUCAUGAAUAAAGGGGAUAAAAUGUGGAUUCAAAAUACAGAUACCGGAAACACGGUCAUCAAUGCUGGAAUUGAAACGGCAUUUUCUGGUCAUUUACUGUUUCUUGCAUAA